UUGAAUGAAGAAGACUGGGUGGGAUUCAAGUUUCAGGUCUGAGGUCAGUGUCCUCUGCUUUGGAAACAGGAAGUAAAGCGAGAAAUAUGGAAAGUCAGGAGUUAAGAGUGGCCUAAGUGAAGUCGAAAGAAAACAGUACAACUGAUAAGCUUAGAGCUGGGCCCUGUUGAAAUGGAAUAGAACGACGGGACAUAAGAAAUACAAGCAUCCCUUCCCGUUAGCUUGUCCUAAACUCGUACUUCCCUUACUUGCAGGUUUAACCUGUUUGGGCCAGGGUCAUGUGAUCAGAUAACCUGCCAAGAAUCGGUAAGCAACAGGCCCUAAAAUAACCAUCUGAGCCAUUAUCAGUUCAGAUUUUGCUGUGCUUUCCAGUAUGGGUGAUAUGAAGACGCCUGAUUUUGAUGAUCUUCUUGCUGCCUUUGAUAUUCCUGAUAUUGAUGCAAAAGAAGCAAUCCAGUCAAAUCAUGAAGACUCUGAGGGGCAUGUCAAGCAGUCCCAAGUAACUGUGAAUGAGACUGCACACCCGAAUCACACCUUGCUACCUACAGAUGUUUCUGCUGUCAGUGUCAUAGUGAAGAAAGUGACACGCACUGAACCGCUUGAACCUUUGGAAGGCAGUGGUAAAGAUCGUCCCUCUGUUAUUGGGUCCGGCCUGGUGCAGAAUGGUCUUGGUGCAUCUGGAGUAUGCAGGUCUCUAGAUGAUGACACCACUUUAGAAGCAGCAGCAACAUCUUCUGAUGAUGAGAGCUGGGAUUCAAAGACAGAGGAUGAGAAGGACUUAAAUAUUUUUUCUCAGUUUGAAGCAGUCGCAGAUUCUGAAGUAGAAAGGCAGGAGGAUAAACCUGAAACAGAAGCUCUCUUUUGCCAGUCGUCACCUGUGUUUUCUUCUCCUUCACUUAAUAAACAACCAUCGCUGGAAUCCAUUGGACCUCUCUCUGCUGCAACAGUCAGUCCUCCUGCCACACCAGAAAGGGAGGAGGAUGUGAAGCAAUCGGUUGUUUCAGUCACAAAGGGAUUAGAGUCUAAGUGCAAAGAAAAUGGUGGAAAGACUUCACAACCAAAUUCAGUAAUUGCUGACGAAAACUCAGUGGAGCAUUUAACAUCUGUUACAACUAGUUACAACACUGUUAACUCUCCUAUCUCCUCUUUGAGUAUGUCUGAACCAAAUCCAGGCUCAGAUGUUUAUGAACCUGUACAAGUAGUAGACGGCAUCCCUUAUAACCGGACGGAGGAGAGCAAACCUUUGAUAUUGCCUGUGCAGAGUCCCAGGGAGCACACUUCUCCAGGAUUUCUAGGGAGCACUGAAGGAGAGGAAGUAGAUGAGGGGCAUCCUCAAAGUCCUCAGUCUUUGUCUAGUGAUAGUGAUUUAGAUGAAGGCAAUGAUUCUCCAUCUUCCAACUCCUCUCGCCCCCUUAAAGUGAGAAUAAAGACCAUCAAAACCUCUACUGGUGGGAUAACCAGAACUGUGACCCGAGUUUCCUCUGACUCGGACCCAGGAGCUGUAAAACAAUCCCCAAAAGCAGAGCAAAAUUUUCCCGAAUCAGAUACUGAUAUUCUCCCCACACUGGAAGGCAAAGCAGAAGACCCUAAAGAAAAUAUUGAAAGCUCUAGCAUCAGUAAAACAGAGACUUGUGAAUCUGCUGUUUCAUUAGGUAGUGACAUCAAACCAAAGGCUGCCAUCUUGCCAGUUUCAACUAUCCAGAGUGCCAGCAGUGCCAUGCUUAUAGCUGCCAGUGUAGUAAAACAGAAAGCUGUAGUAUUGCCCGAGGCCAGUGGUAGUGUAAUUGCAUCAAAAAUAUUAAAUUUAAUGCCUCAAACUCUGCCAAAAGCAGCUGCCACUGCAAACAUUAACUUGACAGCUCAGAAUACUACUGCUGUAACAGCCACAAGCCCGAAGGUGAAUGGAACAGUUAUGAUUCCGAUGCCUAAGCCACUACCAGUGGUACCUAGUACUGUCAUAUCUCGAAAUCAGUCUAGCCUGGUGGAAGCCUUCAACAAAAUCUUGAACAGCAAAAAUCUCUUGCCAACCUACAGACCUAAUCUUUGCCCUCCUUCUGAGACCUCUUUGACUCUUCCUCCAUCUGGUUAUAGAUGCUUGGAAUGUGGUGAUUCUUUUGCCUUAGAACGGAGCUUGGCUAGGCAUUAUGACCGUCGAAGUAUGCGUAUAGAAGUAACAUGUAAUCACUGUACUAAACGGGUUGUGUUCUUCAACAAAUGCAGUUUUCUUUUGCAUGCUCGAGAGCACAAAGAUAAGGGACUAAUUAUGCAGUGUUCUCAUUUGGUUAUGAGGCCUAUAGCACUGGAUCAAAUGGUUGGUCAACCAGACAUCACACCACUUGCCUCUCUGACACCUAAGAAGACUGUGGGGAUGGUUCAGGACACUGCAUCUUUAGGAGCAAAGACUCACACUUCCCUUGUUCUGCCACUUAAAAGUGAUUUAGAUCAACUGAAUUUCAAUAACUUCAGGUGUCUGGAAUGCAACGAAAACUAUCAUGACAAAACAGGGCUAGCAAGGCAUAUGCAGCAAGUGGCAACCAGUGGGGCAAAUCUGGUGCCCAAGUUGUGGAGUUGUGUUUGGUGGGGUAAAUUCAAUAAAGUCUCAUAUUCAGAUGUCCCAUUGUGAGAUUUUUCACAAAUGUCCUGUCUGCCCAAUGGCUUUUAAAUCUGCUCCCAGUGCCCUCUCUCAUAUUUAUACACAGCAUCCAGGUUUCAGCAGUCAGCAGUCAAAAAUGAUCUACAAAUGUGCAAUGUGCGACACAGUGUUUACCCACAAACCAUUACUUUCCUCGCACUUUGAUCAGCACCUUGUGAAUCAGAGGGUCAAUGUGUUCAAAUGUCCUGAUUGCCCUCUACUGUUUGCACAAAAGCGCACAAUGCUGGAACAUUUUAAGUCACAGAGCAUUCACAACAAUUCAAAGCCUCAAGAAGCAGUGACACUUUCACCAGCACCACCACCAGCACAGCCAAUUGCACCUCAGACACCAGUUACAUCUCACAUUCCCAAACAAGAUUCUAGUGAUUCACCAUCUACAAAGUCUACUCCAUCAAAGGCAUCUCCAAAUGAAGAAGAGUCCAGUUCAGAAGAUAAGGAUCCACCUAGCUUGCCAGAACCACCUCGACGAAAGAUGCCUAGUGGGAUAAUUCUGAAGGGGAAGGUAAAGAGGACAAAGGGAUCUGGGUGGACAUGUGGAAUUUGUCACCGUUGGUUCCCAGAAAAGGAUGACUAUGUCAUACACAUGAAAAGAGAUCAUGGCAAGUGUGUAAAGAAGUUUCCAUGUUGCCAGUGUGAUCGCUCCUUUUGCUCUUCUCCCAGCCUCCGGAGACAUGUUCGGGUAAAUCAUGAAGGGAUUAAACGAGUGUUUCCCUGUCGUUACUGUACAGAGGGCAAGACAACCUUUAGCAGCCACUUGAUAUUGAAGAAGCACAUUCAGGUACGACAUGGCAUUAAGGUGGCAGAUCAUACAAAGAGCCAUGAGAUUCAGCUGCCAGACAAAAAGCAAAGUACAGAGUCUACAGUAUGUAAACGGAAAUUUCCCAUUGAUAUGGAUUCUUGUAGUGAAGAACCAGACAGCACUACUCCACCCACAAAAAACUUUAAAGCAGCACGGAAAAGCAACUUUCGUUGUCGUAAAUGUGGCUUUGUAACAGACACUACUUCUGACUUUUAUAGCCAUAUUAUUCAGCAUCGUACAGACAGUAGCUCUCAUCAGUGCCGGGAGUGUGGACUUUGCUUCACAUCUGCACUUUCUUUAAACCGACAUCGGUUCAUUAUUCACAAAGUGAAGGACACUGCAGAUGAUACAGCAGACUUGCAGUCAUACUGUGUGUUGUCGGAAGAACCUGGGACAGCAGAAGGAAAAGCUCAGUGUAAAGUCUGCAAAAAGGUUUUUGACAGUCAGUUGAACUUGAAGACACAUUUCCGGACACAUGGGAUGGCCUUUAUUAAAGAGCGUAAAAAACUUAUUGCUGAUAAUUAAAACUAUAUAUUAAAUUCAAAAGUAUAAUAUAUAUUUCAGGUCAGGUGAAAAAUAAUUUUAGUUUUGGAAAUUAGUGUGAAGUAAACUGCAUUACUGAUGGUGCAGAAUGAUUUUUUUAAGAAAAAUAAAUUGGGUUUAUAGACUGAACAAACUAAACAAAACUUAUUUGCAGUUCUGCACAAAGAUCAUAAAUUAGUAUGUUUCUGGUUUUUAUGAAGCAUUAUUUAAGCAUUUCUGCAAGUGUGCUGUGGUAGUAUUGAAAAAUGCAGUACUUCUGACAACAUGUAGAUUUCAGUGAAAACGGCCAAACUAAUUACAUAGUAGGUAGGGAACCUCCAGAUUUUUCUGGUCCUUAUUCUCAUCAUAAGUGGGAUUUUCUUAUUACAAAACCUGCAGAGUGUAAAAUUGAAGUCACAAUAUCUUGUAUAAUGCUAAGCAGUAUUGCCUCACCCCAUCUUUAGGAUCCCCAGGCAUUUCUUGUAGAACUGUUGAUAGCACAGAGCUGUCAAACCAGUUAGUAGAAGAAAUUACCCUUCCAUCCCUUCAGAAUCCAGCCUGCAAACAGAGAAAUUCCUAGUAUUUCUUGACGUCUGUGGCGUACUCCAUUUGGGAUGGUAGGGGAAUAAUCCUUGACUGAUACAGAGUUUCACUGUGUUGUAUAAAAGGCAUGAUGAAGCUUUCAGAUUGAAGUGAUGGGCUUUUGGUGGUGAUAGUCAGUUGUUAGUCACGAAAUAGCCUAUGGCAGUAAAUAUAUGUUUUUUAUAACUCCAUAUUUAUUUGCGAGAUUCAGUAGAACCACAAAUGUUUUUCAAAUGUAGCAUAUUGUCCUGUGAGUAUCCAAGUUAGCCGAUUACACUACAAGAAUUUCAUACAAGUUGCAGUACACCACAUGCACCUGUUUCUGUCCUUAUCUGUUGAAAGCCACCUAUACCUUGACUGCAUUUUCUUGCAGUAUUUCUCCAUGAUGUCACAGGUGUUUUAAAUAUAUAGGCACCCUUCUUAUCCAUUGGAAUCUCUUUUGCAAUCAGUAGUGUCUGCAUGGUGUUAGUCAAAAUGCCUUUCCAUAGUUUAUUUUUUUAAUUUGUAGAACGUACAUUCCUUGAGUGGGUAGUUUUAGCUAUGUAAUUGCCACCUCAUUUAUGUAAUCUUUUUGUCAUUUCUUUCAUUGAAUUUAUUUUUAUGUGCAUGUUCAUAUGCACUUGUGACCUGUUUGGGCCUGAGUAUGAUGCAUAUCAAAAUUU